AUGGUCUCUCACUGUUCGAUCUCACGUGUGGCGCCUUUGCUGCCCCUACUACCGAUACUGACAGGACCACUUCCUCUCUGUUUACCCCCCACACUCACCGUUGACCUCCUCGAGGAGCGCCUCCUUGCAGCUGAGAAGAGUAUAGUCGCUAUAGGAGCCUCUCGUGGUGACCCUCGUGCCCCCUUCUUUGAGGGGUGCUCCCCCUCCCCCCUUUUGCCCUUUGUUGCCUCUGCUGCUGCUGUCGACCUCGUUGGCACCGAGUCGGUCGGAGAUGCGUCUGCCCCUAGCAGGAGACGCCGCAACGGCACGGGCAAGGGGGGCAAGGGCGCUGGAGGAGCUAGCGGGGGCAGUGGAGGUGGCGGUGUAGGCGGCGGAGGGGGUGGGGGUGGCGGUGGGAGUGGUGGCGGGGGUGGGGGCUUCGGUGGCGGCGGUGGGAGUGGUGGCGGGGGUGGGGGCUUUGGUGGCGGCGGUGGAGGCGGAGGCGGCGGCGGCAGUGGCGGUGGGAGCGGAGGAGGCGGCGGUGGCGGCGGUGGCGGCGGCGGCGGUGGAGCUGGUCGGGGUGGCUCUGUGCAGCGGGGCGGCUUCGGUGGUGGUCAACGCCAGCACCAACAACGCACUUGCUCUGACGAAAGAGCAGGGGAGCACGAAGGGGAGCAAGGGGGCCGCUCAUUGCCCCACUUCAGCUUGCCUUACCUCGCUCUGAAGAAAGAGCAAGGGAGCACGAAGGGGAGCAAGGGGAAGAGCGUGUGGGGUUGGGGCGGGGAAGCGAGUGGAGGAGGCAGCACGCACAGCGCCUCCUAA